AUGAGGCAUAAUAAAAAAAAAACUGGAACGGAUUUGAAAAAAACACCGAGUAACGUGACAACAACAACUCUUGUUGCUCCAUCGAGGUUACCAAGAGUUCAACAGCAUUGGGAUAACAUAGAUAAACAGGGAAACAAAAAUUGGGAAUUCCCUCGUUCUAAAUUAAAAAUGAAAACAAUAUUAGGACAAGGAAAUUUCGGACAGGUGUGGAAAGCCGAAGCUGAAGAUAUGCCCGGUCACGAAGGUAAAACAAGACUCGUGGCCGUUAAAACCGUUAAAGAAGGUGCAACGGAAAAAGAACAUAAAGAAUUUAUAAAAGAACUUGAAAUAAUGCAACAAAUAGGUUCGCAUCCAAAUAUUGUUACUCUAUUGGGAUGCUGUACCGAUCAAGAACCAAAUUAUUUAAUUAUGGAAUAUGUUAAAUUGGGAAAAUUAUUAACUUAUUUACGAGAGCAUAGAGUAAAUGAAAAUUAUUAUAAUUUUUCAAAUAAUUCCGAUGCUCUCACGUCGAAAGAUUUAACACUUUUUUCAUAUUGUAUAUCAAGAGGAAUGGAAUAUCUCGCAUCUAGAGGGAUAAUACAUAGAGAUUUAGCAGCGAGAAACGUACUAGUCGAUCAUAAUAAAGUAUGUAAGAUAGCGGAUUUUGGAAUGUCACGUAGCGUAAGAAAUUUCGAAGAUGGUCAAGUAUACGAAGAAAGACAACACAAAGGUGCUUUGCCGAUUCGAUGGAUGGCACCGGAAUCUUUGGUUUACAGCGUAUUCACACAUAAAUCAGACGUUUGGAGUUUCGGUAUAGUCAUGUGGGAGAUAGUAACGCUAGGAUCAACGCCCUAUCCGAACAUGGGUGCAAGAGAAAUAAUGAGGAGAGUUCGAGAUGGAUACAGGCUCGAAAGGCCGAAUCAUUGCAAACCAGAAUUUUAUCGACUGAUAUCCCAUUGUUGGUCACAUGAUCCCAACAAAAGACCUGAUUUUUCAGAACUGAGAAAAGAUUUAGGUAAUUUAUUAGAAGAUCCAUCGAGAGAUGGUUCCUACGUCGAUCUUGAUCGUUUUGCCGAAGAUAAUUUAAUACACACGUCAUCAUCAUCAUCAAAAUCAAAAGAUUUAAGAUUAUUGGAAAGUGGUAGAGAAUGCAGGGGAGCGUUGAAAAGGUAUAAUUUAAAUUGGGAAAUAAAUGAUUGGUCGGAAGAAACUCGAAGGAAUAAAAUAAGAAAAGGAAAAAAUAACGGUAAAGGUACAGUUACACUUUCCGGACAAGGAAGUUUCACCGUCAAUUCGAGAAUAUUAGAAAAAGAAUUUAAAUUUAUUAAAUGA